UGAGCAAUAGUUCACUAGAUGUGGGAUACAGAGUGGGAUAUGCAGCAAAACAAGAUCAGAUGGCAGAUAUACUAAGAAAGUGAGAGACAUGUGGAAGAGGAGAGACUGCUGGCCGCUGCUGCUGCGAGGAUAAUCUGUGAAGAAUCGAAUUGUUGACUGGACCGGACCAGCAGGCCCUAAAUUCAUUUAAUUAGACUACCGUUCUAUUCUGAGAGUAAAUAUAAUGACUUCAGAGCUUGGCUGAAGUCAUUCUGUGAUUUCUGGUCUGUUUCUGAACCCCCUGGAUAUCAAGGACAGAGUGGGAUCCUCUCCAGAUUUGGUGGAACAAUAGAUACAUGUGAAUCAGGCAGAAACAUGAAGAUAUUCACAGCUUUUUUUCUUUUCUUUCCUGGGAUGAUAGAGUGGCUCUGCCCCUAACAGAAGAGGACAAGUGGAAGGAGCCUGAAGAAAAUCAUGCAAAAAUUUGGUUAAAAAUAAACCUGGAAGCUUCAGAAAAGAAGGGAGAGCGAUAAAACUCCACAUUUAUCAAAAAAAACCUGAACAAAAGGAGUUGAGGACUGAUACCAAGUUUUUGCCCAGCAGAGCUCUGCACCUCUGUGAGCUGGCUCGGUUUUGCAUGUGCCAGGCUGGUUAUGUGAAGCCCCCCUGGCUGUGUUCCACUGCGGCAUGAGCGUAGGACGGGUCCACCACCACAGCUUUCUGUCCUGUGAAGAAGAGGGACUCAGACUGAGCACCAUGCCAGCUGUGGGCAGUUUUGGCAACGGCAAGAUCCAAACAAGACGCAAAGGCCACAGCCGGUUUGUCAGCAAGACCGGCCAAUGCAACGUCCACUUCUCAAACAUGGACGAGAAGUCCCAAAGGUAUAUGUCGGACAUUUUUACCACUUGUGUGGAUAUCCGCUGGCGAUACAUGUUCCUGCUGUUCAGCCUGGUGUUCGUUGUGUCCUGGCUGAUGUUUGGGAUGGCCUUCUGGGCCAUCGGCCUCCUUCAUGGUGACAUGGAAAGUAGCAGAGAGGAGGACAGUUUUGUUCCCUGUGUUACACAAGUCAAAACCUUCGUGGCCGCCUUUUUGUUUUCCAUCGAGACCCAGACGACUAUUGGUUAUGGAGCUCGCUAUGUGACGGAGGAAUGCCCAGCAGCUGUCUUCAUGGUGGUGUUUCAAUCAAUCAUGGGCUGCAUCAUUGAUGCCUUCAUGAUUGGUGCCAUCAUGGCCAAAAUGGCAAGGCCCAAAAAGCGUGCAGAGACUCUUCUAUUCAGCCACAAUGCAGUGAUUGCCAUGCGAGACGGGAAGCUGUGCCUCAUGUUCAGGGUUGCUAACCUGAGGAAGAGCCACAUUGUAGAGGCCCAUGUUAGGGCUCAGAUGGUAAAGCCCCGCUACACAGAAGAAGGCGAGUACAUUCCCCUGGAUCAGAUCGACAUGAAUGUUGGCUAUGACAAAGGCACAGACCGACUGUUUUUAGUCGCCCCCCUCACUGUCAUCCAUGAGAUCGAUGAAGAAAGUCCUCUGUUUGGCAUCAGCAAGCAAGAUCUGGAGAGCGCAGACUUUGAGAUUGUGAUCAUCCUGGAAGGGUUGGUGGAGGCUACGGCAAUGACGACGCAAGCACGGAGUUCCUACCUGCCCUCUGAGAUCCUGUGGGGCCACCGGUUCGAGCCCCUCAUCUUCGAGGAAAGGAGCCAGUACAGAAUCGAUUAUGCAUACUUUCACAAAACUUUUGAGGUGUCAUCCACCCCCAGGUGCAGCGCCAAAGACAUGGAGGAGAGGAAGUUCCCUACAUCAGGCGCCAACUCCUUCUGCUAUGAGAACGAGCUGGCAUUCAUCAGCAGGGAUGAGGAUCUGGACGGAGAUGCGGAGAAAGACAAAGACAAAAGGGGCUCAUCGGAGUUAAGCACCUCUGAACGCAAUCCACCAUCUUCCCGAAGAGAAUCAGCACUUUAACCUUUACCUGCUGACAGAGGGGCUGUUGAAGUAGCUCAGAUUGUGGACGUUAUUCUGUCGACACAGGGACACCAAUGAGGACAGCUUUGUUACUGCUGCCACACAGGGAUUACCUUUUUAGAUGAUUCUUGAGCUUUAUUAGAUGCUAAUGAAAACUGUCAUGUUUCACUGCAGAUGAUCCUCCUCCUCAGAUCUAGGAAAUCAUCAUGGUUUUAUAUAUGUGUGUUUUAAAGUAACGCUGCAAUGGGACUAUCUGUAGAUGCAAAAGAUAUAUCUUUGCAGUGAAUAUUUAUAUGUAGUAAACCAAAUUUGUACAAUAUUGUACUAAGCUACUUCAGUAAGAAACACAUUUCCAUCUCAAUUCCAUAUAGCUGAUAAAGACUAUAUAAAGUGAAGUAUGUCAACUUUGUAGAAUAACACAUAAAACACAAUAAGGUAAAAUUAGAUAAUCUCCCGAAAGACUGAACUGCUUUGAUUCAAAGUAAACCUUAAGAUAGAAAAAUAUAAGGAUAUUUAAAAUAUAAUUAUAACAUAAUGCAAUGAACCAGCACAAAGCAGUGGA